AGCGUCUCCCACCAACAGUUUAAAAUAAUGACGCAAUGCCCACAUGAGUUUGGAUCGUUGUUGGACAUUAAGGGCAGUUUAUUGAACGUGCAUUUGAUUGGUCGGAUGCUCGUACAUGUUGGCCCGUGUGUUCAGGUGCAGACGGUUGUCAAAUCAGCAGGGGUGACUUGCAGGAGGAAGGUGAUGCUGGUUCAACGUUUUAUCAGUCGAUAUCCAACCGUAAACUACUUGAAAACUACAAAAAAUGUGUGUGCUGCUGUUUUAACGACUGCCGUUUGUUCCCCUUUGUGUGCAGCUUUAGUCAUGGAGUCCAAAAUCUCCAAACUGCACUUGAAAUUUGCAGAGAAAACCUGGAAUGAAACCUUCCAACUCGUCAGAAGAUGCAUGGACAAACCCAAGGACAAAUCCAAACCCUGUAGGCCGCUGGUUAGAUCUCUGGAAAGGCUCCAGGACGUGUUUAACGUGUCCUCUAUGAAAACCAUGAGGUCCCGUCUGGAGAUGAUUGCCAAACAACAAGGAAUGGGCUUCCACCUCACCGAGGCCACGUGCUACCUGACGGCGGAUCUGUUCUACCUGGAGGUGGUGUUGCUGCCCUACGGCGGGGUGGCGGAGGUGAAGGUGGCCCCACACGGAAAAGCCCCCGUCCCCAGCGAGUCCUUUCUCCAGCUGCUGAGGUCAAAAGAGUUUGCAGAGUUCUCCGUGAAGUUGGCGGGCCUCUUCACGCAGUACGACAUCCCAGGAGACAGUGAAACUCGAUUGAAAUUGUUUUCAUCCAUGCAAUGGCUCUGGAAAGACUUGCAGCAGAUCUCCCAACUGCCAAGCGUGCCGAAGGACUCGGACCCCCGAGUGGACGUGAUGAACCACGGCAGAAGUGGGUGUCUGAUAGCUGAAAAAGAAGAUUUCCCCAUGACGAUCCAGUUCUACGCACCUCCGACUGAUGGAAUGAAGACCUCAGAUCGACCAUUUGUUCCAUUUCCCCCUAAAGCUCUUCUUUUUGAAGAAACGGCCGCCACGGAGCCGCCGGUCCAGGCCGCCCGGGUGACCGUGGGUGUCAGCGACGCGGCUCACAGGCUUCAGAUGGCAUCGCUGCUCCCACAGCCUCCACAGCUGGAUCCCCAGGGUCAUCCUGUGUUCCUGUCGUCUGCCGAGGCGCCUCACGAGACGCUGCCCGCCUGCUUCCUCCUCAAACUGCAGCCGGCAGUACCAAUGACGUUGUCGUUUGUCGACAAGCUCCGCCACAUUACAGAUAUUCCCAUACCAGAUGUUGACCUGCAGUGGGCACCCUUACCCAAGCUUCUGACGGGGCGUUCAAACGGCCCCGGGGAGCUGCCAGAUGAGCAGGAUACCAUCUUUACAGUGCCUCUUCCCGAUGGCGCGCUGCACCGCUACGUCCUCCUCGCGGCGGCGUGGGGGGAGGCGCCUGCCCAGAGAGCGGCGGCGGUGGACAGCAUCCCCUUCACCCACCCGGCCCACGUGCCGGCGCUGCUGCAGCUGCUCCGGCACCAGAGCGCCAUCAACACGCUGCUGAGGAGCUGCAUCGGCCCUCCGGGGGACGGCGCAGCAGGUAAAGGGAGCUCAAGCAUCUCUUCUGACAUCAGUUCGAGUACAGAUCACACACCAACCAAAGCUCCAAAGAAUGCGGCUACCACCGAAGGUUUAGGUUUAGACUCCAGCACCCGGACCCUGAGCACCCCGAGCCCCGGCCUCAUCCUGCCGUCCAAGUCCUCCUCCCUCUCCAGUAACGGCCAUGACACCAACUCCUCCUCCUCCUCGGCCCGCGCCGAGACCGUCGCCGUGGUCCACUCCCAGCCCGGCACCCACACCCGCUCGCGCCAUUCCAAAAGCCACCACCACGCCCCCGUGGACCUCCUGCCCGACCACGCCCUGCUACAGAUCUUCUCCCACCUGCCCACCAAUCAGCUGUGCCGCUGCGCGCGCGUGUGCCGCCGCUGGUACAACCUGGCGUGGGACCCCCGGCUGUGGGGCACCGUCCGGCUGACCGGAGAGCUGCUCCACGCCGACCGGGCCAUCAGGGUCCUGACCCACCGGCUGUGCCAGGACACCCCCAACGUGUGUCUGACCCUGGAGACGGUGGUGGUGAACGGCUGCAAAAGGCUCACCGACCGGGGGCUGCACGUGGUGGCUCACUGCUGCCCGGAGCUGCGCCGCCUGGAGGUCGCCGGCUGUUACAACGUCUCCAACGAGGCCGUGUUUGAGGUGGUGUCCCGCUGCCCGAGCCUGGAGCACCUGAACCUCUCAGGCUGCUCCAAGGUCACGUGCAUCAGCCUCACCCAGGAGGCCUCGCUGCAGCUCUCUCCACUUCACGGCCAGCAGAUCUCCAUCCACUACCUGGACAUGACCGAUUGUUUUUCCCUCGAGGACGAGGGCCUGCGAACUAUCGCCUCGCACUGCCCCCGCCUGACGCAUCUGUACUUGCGCCGCUGCACCCGGCUGACGGACGAGGCCCUGCGCCACCUGUCCGUCCACUGCCCCUCGAUACGGGAGCUCAGCCUCAGCGACUGCCGCCUGGUGGGGGACUUCGGCCUGCGGGAAGUCGCCCGCCUGGAGGGCUGCCUGCGCUACCUGAGCGUGGCCCACUGCACGCGCAUCACCGACGUGGGCGUCCGCUACGUGGCCCGCUACUGCCCGAGGCUGCGCUACCUGAACGCCAGGGGCUGCGAGGGGCUCACGGACCACGGCCUGAGCCACCUGGCCAGGAGCUGCCCGCGGCUCAAGUCCCUGGACGUGGGCAAGUGCCCGCUGGUGUCGGACGGCGGCCUGGAGCAGCUGGCCAUGUACUGCCAAGGCCUGAGGCGGGUGAGCCUCAGGGCCUGCGAGAGCGUGACGGGCCGAGGCCUCAAGGCCCUGGCGGCCAACUGCUGCGAGCUGCAGCUCCUCAACGUGCAGGACUGCGAGGUGUCGCCGGAGGCCCUGCGGUUCGUGAGACGCCACUGCCGGCGCUGCGUCAUCGAGCACACGAACCCGGCUUUCUACUGAGGGCCGGUGGGAGCCCUCGGGCCCGGGGUCCUCUGACAAGUGGAUGUUCUGAUAUUCCCGCUAUGGAGUCGGAAGAGUCCGGCGGGCGAUGUCGUCGGAGCUGGUGGGAAGCCGAUGCCGCGCCUUGAGUGCGCCCGGUGGCUGUGGGUGCACCGGGGACACUUCCGUAGACUGUAUUUAACGUAUUUAUCUGUAUAAUGGCAGAGAAGUACAGUAUUUCAGUGUACAACGGCUUCACACUUUACAACGUAGCAACGUGCCACGACACGGAGCGCCGGGUACGGUUGUGUCACCACGUAGCGGCGUUGUUAUAUAUUUUAUGUCAACACCUUACAGCCCUGAAACAUAACCAUAAUUAUACUGCAUCUAUUUAUAAACGGCGAGUAUCUUCAGACUAAAACCACUAAGAAUGUAGCUACGAAACAGAGCUCAUUCUUGGUUUCGCUUUGUUGACGUCGCAUGUGCACUUCAUGCAUUUGUGCCGACAAUCACUUCAAAUGAGCGUCAUCGUUUUUUCAUUUGCUGUAAAUUGAAACUAUUAGCCGGAGACUUUUUAUUUUAAAGCCAAAUAUAAACAAACGGUUGUUGAGACAAAUGAACAAAGAACACGUUGCUGCUAUAACUGUGCCAAUAAACUUCUUCAAAAGCCGC